AUGGCCCCUAAAAAGAAGGCAACAGCAUCCACCACCGCAAAAGAAGCGGAAGAAGUGGAGCCGUGCGUUGGGGCGGAAACAACAUCACCACCAGGAUCUCCACCAACAGAGGCUCUUCGCAAUGAUACCAACGUUGCGGAGUUGUACGCCACUCUUCAGGCCGCUGUGACGGAAAGUCCUGAGAAGGUGAACGAUUUUGUGCGUGAACUACUGCAGAUGUUGGCAGAGGCUGAAAACCCUGAUGCCCCUCUUCUGGUUCGUGUACGUACAUUAGAGUUUGUGGCUCGCUACGGACAUCAUCUACGUGAUGGUAACGCACUGAAGAAGAUUGUCACAUCCCUUGUGAAGAUUCUCAGCGGUACUGAGAACACCCCGCAGUUACUCAUUGCUGCUGUGCAGGGCAUCGCCGCCCUUGGGCCUGUCUCUGUGCUAGACAAGAAGUGGGAGUAUCUCUCUCGUGAAGGGGCAGAUGUGCUCAUGCAGGUGAUGUUGGACGAGAAUGGCUUUGCGGAGAAUGUACGCCAGGCCGCUUCCAAGGCAUUUGACGCUCUCGUGCAGAAUGCCUUUCGGCCUGUUGCCACCAAACUGCUGCACUGGAUCAGCGACGACCGCGAGGCGGAGGAGGAGGAACAAUUAAAGAAAGAGCGCCGCAUGGCCAUGACGCGACUUCGACGACUCGCACAAUCCCCCGCUAUGCGAUCGCAGUGGACAGAAGAAGUGCAGGAACACGUACUGGGUCUUAUCAUUCGUGUACUCUCCACCGUUACUGUGCGAGAGUUUGCGCAGCUCACAUCCAUCGCCGCAGCACUACCAAUGGUGCGAGAGAGUGGCGGUCGUCAACUAUUAACCGCGUUUCUUGCAAGGAACAAACUUAACAGCGAUCGUGCUCUUGAGUCUCUCAGCAUUAUUGCACAGCAUGUUAGUGCAACCUCCUAUGAUAUUACACCAGCAUUGGAAGAAGCGUCGCUUCUUACAACACCUGUUGAAACUUCAACACCAAAGGGACUCUGGCAUGCAAAGAUACUACUACUGGCAGCUCGUCUCGCUACACCUGAAAAUACAGACAAAUUAUAUACUGCGAUAUUGGAACAAUUAAAUCAUGUUAUGGGUGACGCCAGUGUAUUACCUGAGAAUUUGAGUACCCUUGAGGCUUUAUUGUUUGCAUUUGUUGCUAUAGGACAAAAGAAGCCUGUUGAAUUUUUAAAACAACUAAAUGAGGACGCAUUUGCAGCAAAAUGCUCUGCGUUAAUGAAUGCUAUCACCGAGAUGGAACCUCUCGUAGUGUACGCAGUAAAGAAACUUAUGCAACGAUCUGCUGCAGGAAAGAAAGAAGUAGAGGCGUUGGGAUGCUGUCAUAACUUACAUGUGAUCUUAGGCGCCUUCUCCGCCAGGCACAUUCCAAUGGGUGCUCUUACAGAGAGUUGGUUACGCAAGUACACUUUACCACCACUUAAACGUGGACGUGAUGCUUCAACUGCGGCAUCCGCAGCCAAGAGAGGACCAGUAACAUCAUCAGGAGAAUCUGCUGGGGCUUCUUCCACACCCAUUGGUGUACUUCCACCUCCUCCUGGCACGGAAGAGCACUUAAGGAAGAAGGCACGUACUCAAAGCCAGAGUAAUAACAGGAACAAGAAAUCCAACGUGAAUAACAGGGGUGGAAGGUCUAGAAGAGAACGACGUGGUGGUUUUUUUUAG